AUGCGCCGACCAAGCGCAAGAGUUUUCACUCUUGUGAUUUCAACUCGCCAAAACGGGCGCUCAUCACGUCUGGAGCGGACGGGACGGUAUGACGUCAUCACCAGCAACAGUUCUGAAGCGCAUAAAAUAAGUUUGGACCAACAUCUAGCAAAACACACCGGUGAGAAACCCUACAUGUGUGGGGAGUGUGGAUACAGAACAGCUGUGAGGGCCAGCUUAUCCAAGCAUAUGAGAACCCAUACAGGAGAAAGGCCCUACAAGUGUGACCAGUGUGACUAUUCUGCAGCAUGGAAAUACACCUUAGAUAAUCAUAAAGCAAAACACACCGACUAUCAUCUCACUAAGCACACAGGUGAGAAACCCUACAUGUGUGGGGAGUGUGGGUACAGGACAUCUAACAAGUCUCACUUGUCCCGACAUAUGAGAAAACAUACAGGAGAAAAACCCUACAAAUGUGACCAGUGUGACUAUUCUGCUGCACAUAAAUUCACUUUGGACAAACAUCUAACAAUGCAUGCUGGUGAGAAACCCUACAUGUGUGGGGAGUGUGGAUAUAGAACAGCUUACAAGUCUACCUUAUCCCUACAUAUGAGAACCCAUACAGGAGAAAAACCCUACAAGUGUGACCAGUGUGACUAUUCUGCUAUAGAAAAAUCCACUUUGGCCAAACAUUUAGUAAAACACACCGGUGACAAACCCUACAUGUGUGGGGAGUGUGGGUACAAGACAGCUAUCAAGUCUCACUUAUCCCAACACAUGAGAACCCAUACAGGAGAAAAACCCUACAAGUGUGACCAGUGUGACUAUUCUGCAGCGCAUAAAAUCAGUUUGGACCAACAUCUAGCAAAACACACUGGAGAAAAACCCUACAAGUGUGACCAGUGUGACUAUUCUGCAGCACGGAAAUCAUCCUUGGACAAACAUAUAUCAAAACACACAGAUAAGAAACCCUACAUGUGUAGGGAGUGUGGGUACAGGACAACUCGAAAGUACUACUUAUCCUUACAUAUGAGAGUGCAUACAGGAGAAAAACCCUACAAGUGUGACCAGUGUGACUAUUCUGCAGCACGGAAAUCCACCUUAGAUGAUCAUAAAUCAAAACACACGGGUGAGAAACCCUACAUGUGUGGGGAGUGUGGGUACAGGACCACUUACCGGUUUUCCUUAGCCAAACACAUGAAAGGCCAUACAGAAGAAAAAACCCACAAGUGUCACCAGUGUAGCUAUUCCGCGGACUCUAAGACUGCCCUAAGUCAACAUAUGAAAAUUCACACGGAGGCACCAACUCUGCAACUGUGACCAUCUCGUAGUGACAUUUAGUGCGCCCAAUCUUGUCUUAACUAUAUACAGUUUCUCUCCAUUCAUAUCAUGAUUAAGUAUAUAUUGCAAUAGUGCUCAUUAUCUUCUUCUAUUUAAAAAUAGGCGAAAUAUUUUGUAAAAUUUAACAAAAUUUGCAAAAUGGGAAAACCUUCUCCCUAUGAAACGUCAUUGUCAUGUACUUUGAACUGCAUCCACUGCGUUCUGAUUACCCAACAAAAGUUCAGUUACAAGAAUAUUUCUAAGAAGCCUAAUGCACACUUUGUUCUUUAAUAGUAGGUAUCAAUUGUUUAGAACAGAAAUCAUAUUUUUAGUUAUUUAGAACUGAAGUGGAAGAACAUUUAAGUUGAAAGUAUUUAUUGGAUAAUGUACGUAUACAUGUAAUCAGUACUUAACAUAGGUAAGUGAUUGUAGACAAUAGAUGAAACGUAGUCGUUGAAAUAGUAUGAAUGGAGCUUCGAUUUCUUGUUAAUACUUACUUUGACGAAGUGCGUGCCUA